GUUUUUUUCGGGCUUUAGAAACACAACGAUUGAGUGAAGUUACAGUAACAACCAAUCAAAGCGUGCCUAGCAAAGCUUUUGACGCUGUUGCGGUUUGGGCGAAGUGUGAGGUGAAGCAGCGCAAGUGCUCGCGAGAACGCGCGGACUCCUUUUCCUCGGUCGGGUCUUUACUAAAAGGAAAAAGAAAAGGAAGUUGGCGCCUCAGUGUGCGGUUUAGCAAAGACAGUUUGUAAAGCGCACCACAUACAAACACAGAACAAACAAAAAGGACGCGGGCGUGAUUCGUUUAACGGCGGCAGCUCGCCAGCGUUAUUUAAAAACAGGAGAGAGAAAACUAAAUAAAGCCUUGCAUUAUUUGCUGUUGUUGUUGUAGCAGUAGCUGCCUUAUGUUUUUGUGUUUUUUGAAGACAAAUCCAACACGUUGAGAUCCGCUGCGGCUUACACGCAAUACGGCCACUCGACGUUCCACCACCACCGCUGCUUCCAAGGCACACACACACACUCACACACUCCUCCAAAAAAAAAAAGGGGGAGAGGUAGAAUCAUCAUGUUCAGCUUUCAAAAGCGCGGAGGCACGACAACGGCGUCUGGCCUCGAUACCGGUGCGGAUCUCACGCCAGAAGGAAGCGCAAACCUGCACGGCGCCUCUUCCGAAGCGCUAACGAUGCCGGUGGACGACAGCCUUCAAGGCGGCCCGCGUUAUGUUCCGAUGGACGCAGACGCCUACGGUGGCACGCACGGGCACGAAGAGGGCGAACACGCAGCUCGCGACACCGCUGGCGGUGGUGGUGCUGACCUCUACGCACCACCGCCUCCACUUCAACAAGAGGGGGAGGUGCAGCAGCACCUGCAGCAGCAACAGGAGUACGGGGAUCCCUGCCGCAACGACCACUACGCGCCGCAGCCGCUGCAAGAUCCGAGUGGGGUGGAUGUGACGGCCUACCCCGGCCACAGCGAUCCGCAGCAGCACGACAACCAGCCGCAUGCACAACACGAAGGAGAGGGCGGGGAGGAGGAGGAAGUGGACAUGGGCGAGUCGCAGCUCUUCACCGACUACCACGGCGGCGCCGACCGCGCCGAGGCGCACAACCGGCGUCUGCAGCAGCAGAAGAUGUACGACGAGAUCCCUGCCCCGCCAGAUGACGCGGACGUGCACACCGUCUUUGCUUACUACCGCAAGCUCAUUGGGCUCGUGCAGCUCGUGCCGCCGAAGCACUGGCGGGAGAUUCGCUUUGACUUGCCGGCAAACGUGGCGGAGCUGCAGCUCUACCCGCAGCGUCGAGAGCGGAUCCAGGACCGCGAGCCCAUCCGCCCCUCCUCGACGCUGGUGAUUUCGCUGGAGGGCACGCUGCCCGAGAACACCACGCCGUCCGAGUACGCCGCGCAGAUGGUGCAGUACUUUCUCGACCUCCUGCAGUACCAGAACGCCUCCACCGCCAUCACGACGCUGCGCUUCGUGAAGAAGGAGGCGGAGCUGUCGCAGAUGGUCGUCACCCUCGGCCGGGACUCGCGGCUGGCGGGGCGCAUUCUGACGGAGCUGCAGGCGGCCGGGCUGCGCGCGCACUACGGCAUGAUAAUCUUCCAGCACCCCCCCAACGCCACGUUUCAAGUGGUCGACUACCGUCGCACGCUGCACGACGGCAAGGGCAUCUCCGCCGAGGAGGUGGCUUUUCUGCUGGAGCCGAUGCGGCAGACCAAGACGGUGGACAUCAACGUGGUCGAGGGCUACGAGCCGGGCGUGUUCUACGUCCCGGUGAAGCGGCCGGAGGCGGUGUACGCCUUCCUGUGGAACUACUUCUGUUCCUACAGGUUCCAGGCGGACCUGUUCCGUCGUUACGGCGUCCUCGUCACCCAGGCGAACUGCAAGCACGAGUUUCUGCAGAAGGGUGUGCCGUACUUUGUGCAGAAGCGCGAGCUGGAGGAGCGGAAGAAGGCAGAACUGCUGCGGAAAGGCUUCCAGGAGCGGGAAGCCGGGGCGGCCGGGGCGCGCAAGACCGGCGCGGACGACCACCACGACGACGAUGACGCGAGCGACGCGGAUGAAGAGGCGGUGGCCGGUGGGGAGGGGCCACCGCCGGCGUGGGUGAUGACGGCGGCGGACGACAUCGACAUCUUCAGCGGUCUCGCUAAAAAGGCGAGCAAAGCGACGCUUUCCUCCCUUGCGGCGGAGCAGCAUACGAUGGACUCUGCCACGGCAGACGUGUUGUCUGGUCCACCGCCUGCAGCGACAAGCAACGCAGCGGCAGCCGCCACGGCGCUCGCAGAGGACGAGGAAGGCAUUGCGGACAUCGACGCACUGCUGAAACAGUACAACGCCGUUGCGGCUGAACCGGCCAAGAAGGGAGACGCGGUGGGCCGUGGUCGACGCGGGAAGGGAGCGGUGGGUGCGGAAGGGGCGCUCCCACCGCCUCCACCACCCCCACCUCCACCGAUGGAAGCUCCUCCGUUUGACGUAGGUGGCCGCUACGGCUGGGUGGACCCCCGCCAGCAGCAACCGCAACAACCGCCUCCGAUGGCCAGCGGUGGGUUCGGCGACGGUCCUUACGGCUACCCGCCCUUUCCCGGCCCACCAGACGGGGGCCAUGGCUCUCUGCUGCCACCGCCGCAGCAACAGCAGCAACCGUACUUCCCGCCGCCCUUCCUUGCUUACGCGGGGAGGAACGACGGAGGGUAUGCGGCGUACCCCCGCCCUGGCGGGCCGGCGCCGUAUGCGGUGCUGGCACCCGACGCACCCGCCCCUCCGCCGCCCCCGACGGACUACCCACCGCUGGUGGAAGAGUCGGAAGAUGAUGAUGACGAGGCGAACGCCGCUCUUGCGCACGGCAAACCGCAGCGGCACGCCGACCCGUCCGGCGGCAGCGGUCCUCUUGUGACCGGUGGUCUCCAGCAGCAGCAGCAGCAGCAGCAGCAGCAGCCAUCGUCCGCGGCAUCUGGGUUUGCUUCGCCGUAUGAAAAAGAAGGACUGCUUUCGUGGUCGAUGGACGCGGCGCAGACGCAUCCGCGCAGCGGUGGGGCCACCGGUGGCGGCAACCUGCACAGCUGGGGACCGAGCGAGGGCCCGGAGGCCUGGGGGAACGCAUUCGGCCCACCGCCGCAGCAGGGCACCAACGGUGACGACGACAACAACGGCUUCUUUGCCACGAGUCCGGCACCCGCUGAGGGUCCUACCGGAGGCGACGCCGACACCGGCGGGGGUGGCAUUCUCGGUGACUACGACCCUUCCUACGACACGCCCUUCUCCAAUGCUGACCCCAACAGCACGAGCAACAUCGGUUACCCGCCCCAGCAGCAGGGGUGGGAGAUGCAGGACCCGAUGAUGAUGGCCAUGAAUGACGGUAACAGCGGCGGCUACGCGUACAACGGCAAUCCUGAUAACUACGGCUACCCACAGGGCUGGAGCCAGGAGAACUUUCCACCACCGCCGCUUCAGCAGCAGCAGAGUGGUGGUCUUUACAGUGACGGCUACAACAACCAGCAGCAGCAGAUGAUGUACACGCCGCCCCCGCCACACGUGCAGGAGGCUGCGCAGAUCACGGAGGAGCUGGAAGAACGUGUUCAGGCUGCCUUUCCCGCUUCCUGGGCCGCAGCGACCGCCGUGCAGACGCUGCCACUCCCUCUCGAUGGCGAGGCAGCGCUAGACGAGAUCGAAGCGGCCGACGCAGCAGAAACCGGCGACGCGACGUCCAGCUGCGUGUUGCACUACGUCUCGGCAGAGGCGGCAGCGAAGGGCACUCCGCCGCCCAACACCGAAAUGACGGAACUCCUCGAGUUUAUACAACGCAACAUCGGCUUAAUCGGACGGCUGCUCCACAAAACCACGACAACAACGGUGGAGCAGGCGAACGACGUCGCAGGGUACCGGGCACGGGUCGCGCGCGCGUUGUUGAUCGGCGCGACGGCAGAGACGACGGCGCAGGCGUGGUCGGCCGCGUGGGUGCCGCAGCGCGCCGAUGGGCAGGUGGCGGCUUCAACCGUCCCAGUGCGUUCUGCCGACGCCGCAGAAGAAGCGUCGACUUCGCCGGCGAGGACGAAUGACGGCGGCGGCGUUGAAGACGAAACGCUCACGGAGGAGAAGCUCGAAGGACAGCAGGAGGACGACGUCGACGAAAUCGAAAUUCAGCUUCCGGCGCUGCUGCCCUAUCUCCUGCGCACCCCUGCCGGCGUAGACCUGGCGCUGCUGUUAGCCUUCCACUACCCACGCGCCUUUGCGCGCCGCUUCCUGCCCUACGCGCCGGCCUUCUUGAUGGAGGAGCGCGUUGUACGAGUGGUGUUAACGACGGCCCUGCGUCGCGAUCCGCGUGCGAGUGCGCCGCUCGUCCGCGAGUUGUUGGCCCAUUGGUGUCCUCUGCUGCGGUGGUUGAAGGGCUUUGCGGUCGUGAAGGCGCAGGGCAGCGUGGAAGAAAAAGAAGGCGGCGCUACUGCCUCUUCGCCCUCAACGCGCAGCACAAGCGCGACGGCGGUGAAGCAGUUCGUGUCGCUGCUGAGUAACACGAUGGACGUGGUGCUUGCGAACCUGUCGCCGGACCAGCGCGACGCCUGCUGCGCCUGCAGCAAGGAGCAAGACUACGUCAACGCGUUCGCCGACGCCCUUGAGCUGUCGCCGUCUCCCGAGGCGGACGCGUCGACGACCAGUGAAAGCGCGCUGCCGCAGCUCUGGGGACCGGACGGCGCGCUCUACCGCUCGCUGCUUCGCCUCUACAUUGCGGCGGACGCGUGCGAUGCCGCGCCGCUCGCCACGCGCGUGCUCACCUGCAACACCAACGUCCAGAGCGACACAGGUGCCACGAGUACGCGGCCGAGUGUGUGUGUCCGUCGUGAUCACUACUACUACUGCCUCACCGUCCUGUCCCGCUCGCAGACCGCGCCGGCGCUGAGCCGCGAAGCCGGCGCCUUUUGUGGGGUGUUUCUGCGUUUCAUCGAGCUCCAGCAGCGGACCCAGGAGGACGGCACGUCACCAGCGGUCGGAGAGGCGGAGGCGACGCAGCUAAUGGAAACGGCGCUGCGAUCGUUGCAAACCAACGAGGCCUACGCAGCGCUGCGGGAAGCCUACCUGCUUUCCAUGAGCGACGACCCCAUCACCCACUUCGGGGCUCUCCUCGCGCAGCUGAACUCUGUUGAGCCCCCGGCGACGGCGGCGUUGCACGGGGCAACCUACCGUGAGUGGUACCUCAACACAAAUCAGCAGCAAAAGGUCAACGCCGCGGCCGCGAAGAUCCCCAGCACGUUCUACUACCAGCCUCCGUCGCGUCGCCUCAACAGUAGCAGUCACACGAGUACGUCACUCAACGCCAACUCGCGGUGGAACCACAAUAACGAGACGGGCAACGUGCAAGGGAGUGGGGAGAGCUGGGCGCAGCCGCAGCCGCCGGUGUGGACCUCCGCGCCUGGGCAAUGGACGGGAAGCGGCUACAACACCAACAGCAGCGCACGUGGCGCCAGCACCGCAGCGCAGCAGUGGCGCGUGGACUGGACUGAGACGAUGCGCAGCUAUCCCGCCUCUGGCACGCCUUUUGCGAGUGCUCUACCCGAGGGCUGGACCUGUCGCCUGGUCCGCCGCGUUGGGCGGUACUGCUUUUCCAGAACUGCCGACAACGGCAACACGGCCGACGGUGCCACAUCGGCUCCUGCGAAGACGGCAGCGGAAGCAGAGAGCACGCCUGCGUCGUCCGCCGCCACGACGACAUCUGCGCCGACGUACGCGCACCCAGGGGACGGCAAGGAGUACCUCGCAACGCCGCAAGCUUUUCUGCAGGAGCCCGGCGCAUCCGCGGAGGCCACGGCGAUGCAGGUGUGUGCAAAGGCAAACGACAUGCACCGGGAGGAGGCCCUCGCCACCGGCCUGCCACCGCCCGCGGAGCUCACGCAAGCAGACGUGGAGACGUGGCUGGCGGACCAGCGACGCCGCAGCGUCUUCCUCGACGUCGCCACGAUGGAGCUGCUGGGCAUUUCCUAUCGGGGCAGUCGGAGUGGCCCGUCAACCCCGGCGGCAGCUGGUGGUGGUGGUGGUGUAAAGCGCGGCCGUGAUGGACGCCCCGGCUUUUCGAAAGCACUGACCCCUGAGGAGCAGCAGGAGGUGCUUCGGAAGGUCAUCCCCCGCUCCUACCCCGCCAUCGGGGCUCCCUACCCGGCCCUCUUCUCCAGCUGGUCGGUGUACUACAACUCUGGUCGUGGGCAGUACGGUUUUGCCGGUCCGCACCACGGACCGAGUCAGCCGCCGCUGUUUCUGCAUCCCGUCACGCGGAAGCACUACUUCAUCUCCCCGCAGGCCUUUGUGCGGCAGCGGAAGAUCAACUUCGAUGUGGUUGCCCGAGUGGCGAAGGUGACCCAGUCGGAAGUUGAAAAGUGGAUGGCUGACCAGCGCACGCGCCACCCCGCCAUUGACGCGGCGGUGAUCAAGAUCGUGCCGAUUCACUACGGUGACGUGGAGAAGGCGUUGGCCGACAACGCCGCGGCGGUCGCAACGACAGACGACGAGGAAAAGGAUAGGAACGACCGCAACAAGAACGGCGGCAGCACGGCCACGACGACGACUCGGGAGCGAGAGCGCAAUACCGCGGCCGCUGCGUCGUCCUCCUCCUCUGCCACCGCACGACACCGCGCUGAUCGGGGUGGUAGAGGCAGUCGAAGCAGCAGAGAAGCGCGGCACGGCAGCAACAGCAGACGAGGAAGACGACGUCGGCGCAGCGAGGACAGCGACAGCAGCAGCAGCCACCGCAGCGACGACGACGAUGACGAUGACGAUGAUCACAGGCGACGCGGUCGUCGCAGAGGGCGCUCACCGCGACGACGUGGUGGUAACGGUGGCGGCGGCGGUGGCGGCGGCGGUGGCGGUGGUCGUCGUCGCCGCCGUAGGUAA